UUCAGGCGGUGGUGAUCUUUCAGGGGAGAGAGAGAAUGACAAGACACGCUUCGUUUUUUCCUUUCCCUUAAUCCCCCCGCUUACGCAUAAUCAUACCCUGUAUUGCUGUCCCUAAGAUUUCUCCUACCGGGACACACCAACCGCCCCCCCAAAAACCUUGCACCAUCAUCUUCACUCCCUACUAUUGCUAUUACUCGAAUUAUUAUCUAUCCUGGUUACUCGUUCCCAAAAAAAAAGUCCUAUGGAGUAGAACUACAGCACAGUAAUUCCUCGUCGCCCUUCUUCAAUCGCCCUUUUGCAAACCCGGGGCCUCUCUUUCCCACCCACCCCUACUGUCAAUCGGCUCGCUUAGCGCAGUUUGGCAUCCCACCUACCCAAGCCCGCCAAUUGUCCAGUGUCGACUUACUCUCCGGAAAUUGAUCCAUCGCAUACCAUCCUACACCUUCUCUUACCCGUCUCGCCAGCACCGACGUUCGCAUCACCAACCACGCCGUCGCCUGUGUCCACGCUCUCGCCGAUGCCUGGACGUGCCUCGACCGCCUAAAGAACGAGCAUCGUCCGUCGAAAGCCCUUGACUACGAACCUGUGAACCUACGACUCCCCAUCGGGCAAAGUGGCUCUGCGGCCGUUUUGCCUGCGCUGCUGGACGCGGCCGAGAACUCGAGCCCUUUGGCACAUCGAUAACGCUUGCCACGAACCUUCGACUUCGACGCCUCAUGAGGAAGAACAGCCCCUAGAGACGUCUACCCCGUCCAUGUCUCGUCCGGACGAGACAUUGCUCGCUGCUGCGGCCAUUCUGCGUGGAUUGGCCAAAGGCUCUACCGCACAACCUUCGCAAACCAAUGGCUUGAAGCUACCUCCCUACAGUCUUCCUGGAGAAGAUACGCCGACCAAAGAUGAAUUCGAGGCGGAAAUUGCAGCCCUGGCACGAAGGAUACACUACCUCGAGUCGCGAGCUGAUGUCGUUGGGCGGUCUCUGCCAGAUACACCAGGUGAAUUCCAAAGUCCCGCCUCACCUGGAUCGCGGCCAUCUGAACCUCGAGGCCCUCUCGGCGAGUCGUAUACUGACUCGACGGCAGCUGCCUCCGAACGAGCCGCCUUCAUUCCAUACCAAGCCAAACGCUCCACGCAACUUCCAGCCAGGGAACCCUUUGUCCCUCCGGGUACGGUCAGCGAGGAUGAUAUAAGCAUACUGAAGGAACAUGUAGAGAAACAGGCCGAACAAAUCAAGAGUCAGCGAGAGACGAUUGCAGAGAUCAGCCGAGGCCUCCGCAAUUCAGAAGAGCAGGCAAAGCAAGCAUUUAUGCGAGUCGAGAACGAAGAUGUUUCGUUACUAGAACGAGAACUGCGUAAACACCAACAAGCGAAUGAAGCAUUUCAAAAGGCGCUGCGUGAGAUCGGUGGUAUUAUAACCCAGGUUGCCAAUGGCGAUUUAUCCAAGCGUGUGCAGAUUCAGGCAACCGAAAUGGACGACGAAAUUGCUGCAUUCAAAGUCACCAUAAAUACCAUGAUGGAUCAACUAGAAAUUUUCGGAAGCGAGGUGACUCGCGUCGCGCGCGAGGUCGGCACCGAAGGAAUCUUGGGCGGUCAAGCCCAGAUCAGCGGAGUGCAUGGUAUCUGGAAGGAGUUAACUGACAACGUGAAUAUCAUGGCCGCUAAUCUAACAGACCAAGUCAGAGAAAUCACCACAGUCACGAAAGCUAUAGCACGAGGUGAUUUGAGCCAAAAGGUACAGAGCCGUGCGAAGGGUGAGAUCUUUGAGCUACAGCAUACGAUUAAUACAAUGGUGGACCAAUUGAGGACGUUCGCUACCGAGGUUACGAGAGUAGCCAGAGAUGUAGGCACAGAGGGUGUCUUAGGUGGCCAAGCUCAGAUUGAAGGCGUGCAAGGCACGUGGAACGAACUUACGAAAAGUGUAAACGCCAUGGCAGACAAUUUGACCACCCAAGUGCGAGAUAUCGCCACGGUCACAACUGCAGUCGCAAAGGGUGACCUUACUCGGAAAGUGACAGCAAAUUGCAAAGGCGAAAUCCUCCGAUUAAAGAUCACAAUCAACAACAUGGUUGAUCAGCUCCAACAAUUUGCUCAGGAAGUAACUAAUCUCGCAAGAGAAGUCGGCACGAACGGUAUCCUGGGCGGACAAGCUACCGUCCAUGAUGUAGAAGGAACGUGGAGGGACCUCACAGAAAAUGUGAACGGCAUGGCAAUGAAUUUGACGACACAAGUGCGAGAGAUCGCCACGGUCACGACAUCCGUUGCCAACGGAGAUCUAUCGAAGAAAGUCACCGCUGAUGUUCAGGGAGAAAUUCUGGAUCUCAAGGUCACAAUCAACUCAAUGGUUGACAGGCUAAACACCUUUGCUUUUGAAGUCAGCAAAGUCGCGAGAGAAGUCGGUACCGAUGGGACACUAGGUGGUCAGGCAAAGGUCGACAAUGUACAAGGGAAAUGGCGAGAUUUGACGGACAACGUCAAUACCAUGGCUUCAAAUUUGACCAGUCAGGUACGGAGUAUAUCCGAAGUCACCCAAGCUAUUGCCGCCGGCAAUCUGGACCGCAAAAUCGAAGUGGAGGCUCAGGGAGAGAUUCUCACGUUGAAAGUCACCAUCAACAACAUGGUUGACCGGUUGGCCACUUUUGCACAUGAACUGAGGAGAGUUGCUCGAGACGUAGGUGUCAACGGCAAAAUGGGCGGACAAGCCAAUGUUCACGACGUUAAUGGGCGAUGGAAAGAAAUCACUGAGGACGUCAAUACCAUGGCUGAGAAUCUGACUGCUCAAGUGCGGGCUUUUGGAGAGAUCACGGAUGCUGCCACCGAAGGCGAUUUCUCCAAGUUGAUCAGCGUUGAGGCCUCCGGUGAAAUGGACGAAUUGAAGCGAAAGAUCAAUCAGAUGAUCUCCAACCUGAGAGACAGUAUUCAAAGGAACACGGCUGCUCGAGAAGCAGCCGAAUUAGCCAACAGAACGAAAUCCGAGUUUUUGGCAAACAUGUCUCACGAGAUUCGGACUCCUAUGAACGGUAUCAUUGGCAUGACGCAGCUCACGCUCGAUACCGACGACUUGAAGCCACAUUCGCGCGAAAUGCUCAACACUGUACACAACCUCGCCAACAGCUUGCUGACCAUCAUUGAUGACAUUCUUGAUAUUUCCAAGAUCGAAGCGAACCGGAUGGCGAUCGAGGCUAUCCCAUACACCAUCAGAGGCACCGUCUUCAACGCCUUGAAAUCGCUAGCAGUCAAAGCGAACGAGAAAACCCUUUGCCUGGCGUUUGAUGUUGACAACUCGGUACCCGAUUACGUUGUUGGUGAUCCGUUCCGAUUGAGACAAAUCAUUCUCAACCUGGUUGGUAAUGCCAUCAAGUUCACCGAUCAGGGAGAGGUCAAGGUCACCAUCAAGAAGUCCAAGGACCUCAUGUCGAACUGUGGCCCUGACGAAUUUCCGUUCGAAUUUGUUGUCUCUGACACUGGCAUCGGCAUCCAAUCUGAUAAGCUGGACCUUAUCUUCGACACAUUCCAGCAGGCAGAUGGCUCGACGACGAGAAAGUUUGGAGGCACUGGGCUUGGAUUAUCCAUUUCCAAGCGCCUCGUGAACCUAAUGGGUGGUCAAGUCUGGGUGACCUCGGAUUUUGGCCAUGGAAGCGAGUUCCAUUUCUCUUGCAUCGUCAAGUUCGCAACCGAAGACAUCAGCGUCAUCAGCUCGCAGCUGUACCCCUUCCGCAAGCAUAAAGUUCUCGUGGUUGACAAGGGCACUUCGGCGUUUUUCAAGAAGGUUCCAGCCUUGAUUGAAGAGCUUGGUCUGCACGUCUCUGUUGUGCACGACGAGCUCAACAUACCAGAUCCAUUGUAUGAGAAGAAGGUCAGAUCUGUCGAUGGGUACGAUGUGAUUGUCAUUGACCGGGUGGAGACGGCUUACAAACUACGAGAGUUCGACAAGUUCAAGUACAUACCCAUGGUGCUUCUGAAUUCUACAGUGUCCAUCAACCUGAAGACCGUACUGGAUCUGGGCAUUGCUUCCUACAUGACGACACCAUGCCAAUUAAUUGACCUUGGAAACUGCAUGAUUCCGGCGCUGGAAGGCAGAUCCACCCCUAUCAUCAAAGACUACAAAAAAUCCUUCAAUGUGUUGUUGGCGGAAGACAAUGAAGUCAACCAGAAGGUAGCCAUCAAGAUCCUCGAAAAAUACAACCACGUGGUGACAGUGGUGAGCAACGGCCUUGAAGCGGUCAAUGCUGUCAAGGAGAAUCGCUUCGAUGUCGUACUCAUGGACGUCCAAAUGCCUGUCAUGGGAGGAUUCGAGGCCACACGCGAGAUCCGCCAAUUCGAAAAGGAGAUGCACCUGCCUCGAACGCCUAUUGUGGCCUUGACCGCACAUGCUAUGUUAGGAGACCGCGAAAAAUGCAUCCAAGCUCAGAUGGAUGAGUAUCUCUCGAAGCCGUUGAAACAAAACUUGCUGAUGCAGACCAUCUUGCGCGUGGCCUCGGACCGGGUGACAGACAUGUUCAACAAACAUGCUCGGACCAAGUCAACCGCAAGAAAUGAAGCGAAUCAAGCAUCUCGGCAUUCCGCAGCCUCCACGGGGAAGACGGAAGCGGCGUCAACCCUGUCUCCAAGACCUGCCUUUACUGAGAGGUCGGUCACGACGUCUGGGCCUGUCAAUCAUGGAAGUGCUGGGAGCCCGUCGGCAGCAACAGACGGCGACCCCGAUCCGAUAGCGGUUGCCAACAGUAUGCUGUUGAGAUCUCACAGUUCAUGAGUAAUGAACGACCCCGUGCUUGGGGAUUUCACCUCGGCUUUCGGCUACAGGUAUGCAUCAAAGGCGCGUCUUCAGUUUGCGGCUUUGGAGUUUUCAAUUUGUGAUGCACUUCAGGAGCAAUGGGGAAUGGACAUUGGCAUUAUUUUUGGACUGUUUUGUUUUGAUUUUCUGAUGUGAUGGGGAUGGUGUUAUUUCUUUGGAGAUGCAAGGACUCUAUGGAGCCGUGAUUGACGACGUUCUGAAAGAGGGCAGUAUUGGCCUGUUUGACUUUGGGUUGGCCGUAAGGAGCAGGUCAUGUUGAGCCGCAGAAGGAGGUUUUGGAGCAUCGGAAAGGAUCGCAGGGAUCGGGUCGUACUCGUAGCAGUAGGUUGAGUCGAUAAAUCGCUCAUACGGAACUUCCCCUGUCAACUGAAAAGGCAAAGACUUCAGUGCUACGGUGUAUUGCUAGUGAGCCCCUUUCCCUUACGACCGUCUGGGGUCGGAGCCUCAGGUACUGUACUUUCGGCUUGGUGAGCCAUAUAUUCUCGGGGAACUCGGAGCUAUAGGCGCCGGAGCCGACCUGAAUUUCGUGUCCACAUGACGACAAGACGACAGGAAUACAAUGAAACGAUCGAAGAGGUCUCCUCCCCUUCUUCUUUUAAGACUUCAUUGGACCGGUGGCGGGGAUGGUGGUUUGUCAUUGAAAAGAAAAUAUCGCUCAUGUUCAUGUAUGGGUGGUUGUUAAUGAACUGCGCCGACUUCAUUACGGAGUAUCCAUGGAAAAACAAGGUCAGGGAUGGUCACCUGCUCAACAGUUGGAAAUCGAGUCAUCGGAGAGGAAACCAAGGUACCUGAGCUUGAUCAUCAGAAGCAAUGACCGAUGCACAUCUACCGAGGAACCAAGGGUCGAUGUCAUAUCUUUCGAGGUAGAUGAUGUACUCACCUCAUAUGUGAGAAUAUAGAUGCUAUAGGCUAUAGGGCGGCUUGACCAGAUCCUUAGGUCCUUGUUGUGCGGACGGGAGACAGCAGAACCAAAGUACGGAGAGUUGUAUUCCGUGUGCCUAGAUGCCUAGGUACGAUUAGUCAAAAUAGUUGAAU